UUGGUGAUCCAAAGAAGAAGAAGUCAUACAUAUUAUCCCAAUGUCCUACGGGAUAGCACAUUACAUUUGACUUCUCCAAAACUUUCACAUAUCUUCUUCUUUCUUCUUCUUCUCACUGUAUUCACUCACUCCUCUUUCCAAUACUUUCGCUUCUCAGUUUUUCACAGAAACAAAUGCUCUUUAUUAUCCCACAAUAUGGGCAAAAUAAAAACUUUCGUUGGACUGAAUCGUCAGUAUUAGUUCCUUUAUGUCUUUAAAUUUUCGUCUUUAAUUUGAAACAAAUAUGGGCAAAACAUCCAAAUGGUUCAAAGCACUCUUCGGUUUCAAGAAAACUGACUCUUCAUCUUCUUUUUCUUCACUACAAAAGAAAUGGAGUAACGUUAAAUCAUACAGAGAUAAGGAUUUUCAACAGCACCACCCUGAUGGAUCACGCCACUACGGUGUCUCCACGUCACUUCACGGUAGAAAUGACGUUACAGUGACGGAGACAGAUUCAGAAUUUAAAUUUGUGGACCCCACUAACAGCCCUGUCACGGUAGAAGAGGUGGUGGAGCCGACAGCAAGCAGCGGUGGUACAGCAGCCUUGACGACGUUGAACGGUAUCGUUUUUGGUCGUGAAGAAUGGGCUGCCGUCGUGAUACAGUCACAUUUUCGAGCUUAUCUGUCCAGGAGAGCAUUAAGGGCAUUGAAGGGACUUGUAAAGCUUCAGGCAUUAGUACGAGGUCAUAUUGUGAGGAAGCAAACUGCUGAUAUGCUAAGGCGUAUGCAUGCGCUGAUAAGAGCACAGUCGAGAGCUCGUGCUGGUCGAUCUCAGGUUUCUGAAUCGCCUCAUUUUAGCGCCAAGUCUAUUCAAUUUCUUCAUCAUGGCCCUGCAACUCCUGAUAAAUUCGAGCAUGUUAUUCGUGCAAGGAGCAUGAAGAAUGAUGAAAUGUUUAUGCUCGAGAGGAAUUCUUCAAACCAUAUGGGCUGCAGAAUGGAUAUUGGAAAACCAUAUAUUACUUCUACACAUAGGAAUCUCUUCUAUUCCUCUGAUCUAAGCUUAAAUUCAGAUAACUUAAGUUAUAGCUUGGAUGAAACCUGUUUCUCCUCUGCUGAUACUAGCCCACAACUUCACUCAUCAUCAUCGAAAUAUGCUCGUUCGAGGCGAGGACCAUUUACACCAACUAAGAGUACCGAUGGCACAAGAAGCUACUCGAGUAAUCAUCCAAACUACAUGUCUUAUACUGAGGCAGCUAAGGCAAAGACGCGAUCAAUAAGUGCACCAAAACUAAGACCUCAAUAUGAUAUGUCAAACUCAACAAAGAUAUACUCAAGAUCUAACUUGCAAAAUAGUUCUAAUUUUUCUACCAACUUCACUAGCAAAGGCGUGUAUCCGGGUUCUGGUCGAUUGGACAGACAUGGAAUGCCUGUUAGAGGAGAUUCGGAUGAGUUUAGCCGUGGUUUUUUGCACAUAUAUUAAGAUGAUUUAAGUUCAAGUUUGCAGAUUGAGUUUCAAAAGUGUUUAACAUGUUAACAUAUAUAUGCAUCUAGUUCUGAAUGUUUAAUGUUCUGAACCUGAAUUUUCCUUUGUAUUAGAAAUAAAAUUACUGAACUUCUGUGGAUCA